UAAUAUGUCACACAUUUGAGUGUUUGGCUUAUGUUUAACUGUAUGUGUGAUUGUAUUAUAUAUUAAUUGAUUUGUUAUAUGAUUAGUGAUUAGUCAUCACAAUUGAUCCCAAUAUUGAUCUGUAAACAGGUUGUCAUUAUCAUCAAGUGUGCAAUUGUAUGACAUUGUUGUUGAUAUGUCGAUGAUAUUGAUGUCUAUUUAUGUCUAAACGAUUACAAACUACUGAAGAAUGGAGUGAUGACGACAUUGAAGGCAUUUGGUUGAGUGGUUCGCCAAAGAGAGUCAAGAGUUCAUCUGAAAGUAAAGUGUUAGACCAGUCGUCCAUUCAAAAUAAAGACACUUUAUUUAAGAAAGCUAUUAAUCGUUUAACGGAUUCAGUAAACAAAGUCUGGAAAGCCUUUAAGUCUCCGGAAAGACGAGAUAUGAACUCUUCGAUGGCAAAUGAGUCGUCCGUCACUCCCCGUAGAGCAUCUCUACAACCGAAUAAUAUGCAAAACAAAUGUAUAAAUUGUGGACAAAUAUCGGCCUCUCCUAUCAAUGGUAGAAACUGUGGUCAUUGUAGCGGACGUUCAUCAUUUCGGUCAUCAUCUCAUUUCCAGUCAUCUAUAUCGACCAAUCAGUUCUAUGGAACUUCCAACCAAAGUAGGAGUUCGACAACUAAUCCCAAUUUAAAUCUUAAUAGUCUUAGUGAAACACCAAAGCGUAGUCUUCAACCAAACCAACGCAUUCGCCAUUUAUCUGGAACCACAAGUCCUCUAACAAGUACUGAAUGUAUUGACUUAGAGGAGAGUAUCAUCGAUGUGCCAGAUGUUCAAAAAUCAGCAAAUAAUUGCUUAGAGACACAUAAUUACAGUAAAAGUCCUUCCAGUAGAUCGAGUUUAUUGUCAAAUAAACUCUUUAAAUGUCAACAUUGCGACCAAGUUUCUGACAGUUCUUUAGAAGGAAGACAAUGUCCACACUGUUUGAAACCAAUUUCUACAUCAUUAUCAUUACAACGCAGAUCUUUGUUCAGUAAUGACUGGAAAGAUUGUGAUAUCGAUGAUAAUGUUGGUCUUCAAGUGAUUGGUGAUAAUAAACAGAACGAUUUAUUGGUUCAUCCAAAACAUGAAAAUGAAAGUAUUUUCGGUACUUCCACUUUACCUCAAUAUGUCUUAUUUGGCACUUAUAAGGCAGAAGUUAAAACUKUUGAGUUUACCGACGAUGGCAUUAAAUUUACAAAUGUAUCGCCUAAUUGUUCUGCGAGUAAAUUCAAAUAUCAUAUAAUGAUUCCCUACAAUGAAAUUGUAAGCCUAAAGUGUUGCACUGAUCCCAUCCAACCAACACUUUUAGUUGAACCAAAUAAUGAGUCAAACAAUAAAAUUCAAGAAUCGCUUAAUUUAGGAAAAAGUUCUAAAAAUGGACUCCGAUUUAACACUACUUCUGAAGAUAAAAGAGAGAAGUUUAUUAUAAUAGUAUUGAAAGAGUGUAUAUCAGAUACAUUUUAUAAUAGAUUACGGGAUCAAAUAAAAUGUGAAAAUCAAGAAAUUAAAAUCGAAACUUUGAACCUGAAAGCUGUAAAAGCUUUUAUAAAUGAAACACUCAAACGAUUUAAUGAUUCACAAAUAAGUGGUCAACAAUUUGAUCGAUUGAUUCAAAUGCAAAACACAUCUCAAUCACUGCUAACCCCUAACCCUUACUCUCUAAAGCAUUCUUCACAUUCUUCACCAGUUACUAGAAAUACUCGAUCGAGAUAUCAACCAAUUCCUCAGCCAAUGACCAUUCAAAUCGAUGACGACGAAGACGAAGAGGAAAUCAUCGAAUCGAAGAAUUUAUUAGAUUCUCAAUUUGAUAAAGUGAUAUUUACUUAUCCUGAAGACGAACCCAAUGGCAUUCAAGUGAUUGGAAACGAUGUUCUUUGUUUGAAUCGCGAAGAAUUCCUAAACGACAACGUCGUUAACUUCUAUCUGAGAUAUUACUAUAAAGAGCUAUUAGAAAAAAAUAUGUGUGAAAGAGUCCACAUAUUUGAUACAUUAUUUUUUAUACAACUCACUGAAAAACGUCCGACAAAAAGGAAAAACAUAUUUACUAACGAAGAGCCGCCGUAUACUUUUGAACAAAGAUAUGAGAAAAAACUGAAAAAAUGGACAAAAAAUAUUGAUUUAUUUACCAAAGAUUUUCUGGUGUUUCCAAUAAUAAAAGAGUCGCAUUGGUUUCUGGCGAUUGUCUGUUAUCAUAAUCUGGUCCAAGAAAUCACUCAAAAGGUUGUUAAGAAAGAUAGUCCCAAUUCUAAGAAUCAGACCAUUGAAGGCAUCGACAAGAGACCCUGUAUUAUAUUUAUGGAUUCGUUAGGAAACAGUAGUUAUAAGAAACAGUUAUCCCAACCAUUGCGUGAUUUUCUUGAAUACGAAUGGAAAGACAAAAAGAAUAGCGAACUGUCUUUUAAGGUUAAAACCACAGCUGGAAUGAGAGACUUUAGCCCACAUGUGCCCAAACAAAACAACUCAAGUGAUUGUGGAUUAUUUGUUUUGGAAUAUAUCGAACAGUUCCUCAAAGAUCCCGACACUUUAGUGGCAAAACUAUUAAUUAACCCAAAAAAUGGUUUACUUGAUUGGUUUGAUCCCAAAGUAAUUAAGACUAAACGAACUCAGAUUCGAGAGUUAAUUUUAGAUCGAAUUCCUUCUGAAGAAGUGAAAAAUAAAAUUAAAGAACGAAUUGACGAUAGCAUUGAAUCUGAUAACGAAGAGACACACGAUAUUACAAACAAAUCAAAUGAAGACAAUGAGGACAACCAGGAUAUGGAAGAAAACAACAAUAGAGAAGAAAUGGUUAAUAAGGUUCGGUCGGAUUGUGACGAUGAGAUCGGUAUGGAAUUAGAUAAUAAUUCUAUUGAUGACAACAAUAGUGAGAGUCAUGUGAAACCACGACAACCUUUAUUAUCUCAAGAAUCACAUGAAGACAUUGAAGAAGUCCAUUAAUUAAAUGCUAG